AUGGCUAGCAGACUCCCACUUGCAUUGAUCGAAGAAAUUUUCUCCAGGCUCCCUAUAAAGACACUCAUAAGAUUCAGGUGCCUAUCCAAGUCUUGGCGGGCUACAAUAGGUAGCCAAGAAUUCAUCAAAAACUACUUGAAGAACUCGUCCCAUCACAACCUUAUUCUUGGAAAUUUCAAUGGCAGCUCUGAUCUAGUAGUUGAUGAAGUAUACUUUUACUCUGCAGACUAUGACUUUUUUCUUGAAACUGACCGCGCCGUUUUCAAUGAACUCAGUCUCCCAGUACGGUCCAGGACUGACCUUGAAACUGAUAUCCUGGGUUCGUGUAAUGGACUGCUUUGUGUAUUGUCUUUGUGGGAUGAUCGCCCUAUUUUAUGGAACCCAUCGACCAGAGAGCACCCGAUUUUACUGUGUGCCCUUGAAUUUCGAUGUCCUUUCACCGGUGGUACCUGGUAUACCAAUUAUGGGUUUGGGGAUGACUCAGUGGGCGAUGAUUACAAGGUGGUUGCUAUUCCAGUGAUUUAUGGGAAAGAUGAUCAGCUUGCAAUUGGUGCAUUGCAUUGGGUUGUAAAAGAGAGUAGUAAAUCCAAUUCUGACAAACUUAUUGCUACCUUUGAUCUUGGAACAGAGGAAUUCAAGUUACUCCAACAACCUGAGUAUUUUGAUCGCCAUUGUGAUAUGCGUUUGGGUAUUUUGGAAGGAUGUCUUUCCUUGAUUUGUGAAUACUAUAAAAGUCAUUUUGAUAUUUGGGUGAUGGCAGAGUAUGGAGUCCAGAAAUCUUGGACUAAUUUGGUUUCAAUCAAAAUAUGUGAUCUAUCUACUAACUGUCGUCUGUCUACUAGCUAUCCUCAAGCAGUGAAACCAAUAGCUUAUUCUAAAUGCAGUAGACGAGUACUUUUGGGACAGGCUAAUCAGUUGCUGCUAUGGUACGACAUUGAAAGCAUAUCUAUUACUUAUCCUGUGAUGCAAGUUACUGGGGCUGAACAAUUCUUUGAAUUGGGUAUGUUUUUACAAAGCCUAGUGAAAGCUCAGCAGUGA